AUGCCACGUCCGAAAAAGCUAUCAAUACCAACAAACCUGCCGCUAUCUCACUCCGAUCGACUACCACCGUCUAGCCCGGAAGUCUCCCGGACUCUCUCCAAACUUUCGCGCCCGUCUCUCAUCUCACUAGCUUUGGAAUGGCUAUCGCCGAAGAACAUAUCACUAUGCACGCCGUAUCUGUCCGAGGAUGAUGACGAUGAUGACGGACCAGAUGAAGAGGCGCCAUAUACGCCGGCUCAAUCUAUCGAAGAGCUGCAAGAGAUUUACGAGGAGCUAGAGCAGCGCAAAGGAGGAAAGAAAGAGAUCGUAGAGCGGAUUGUAGAAGGAGACUGGAGGCAUGGCCUUACACUCUACCAGCUUGCAACAGCAGACUCGAGGAGUCUACUGGACCACACGGCAUCGAGCAAUCGCUGGACCGCCUUUCGAAUUACACGCAUAUCUUCCACUGAAGCACACAGAGACGACGUCCAAGAGAGGCUCGAGAAUCCUCUUCCCCGGCUCCACGCACCAACGUUUCUCGCAAAUCUCCAAGAAGAACUCGCACCGCUCUCAAAAGCCCAUUACUACCUCACCCGUCUCUCCACCCACUACACAACCCUUCUCCGCAUCUCAGUCUUCGAAUCACCCUACAACACCACCCAACAAGCGCUCGAUGCCACCCACCCCAAGUCCUCCUCAACGACGGGUGAGACGAAGACAACAUUCGUCCUCUUCCCUGACAACACGCCAUAUGCAUACAUAUCCCACUCUGCGUCCACAAGCCUAACAUCCACCCUGGACCGCCGCAGCGUCCACGCCGUCCUGCUCUCUGCACUCUCAACCGCACUCUCAGCCCCACGCAAGCGCUACACCCUCACUCCAACCAGCCUCUCCACCAAAUCCCUCACCACAAUCUUUUCUCUGCGCGGCCCCGGUCGGUCAAACGCGGCACAGGGCGGCUGGGGCAUCUUCGUUGCCGACACAUUCGGCGUCCCAGCACUCGACUACCGCGUGCGCCCACCACCAGACUUGACCUGUCCACCCGCGGCGCCACACCCUACCCUGAGCGGCUCCUCGGACGGCGACAAAGAAAAUGACAGGCCAGAACCAGAGGCCAAACGCACACGGGCCCCGUCGCCUGCUAGCAAUGUGCAAAGGCAGGACUCGAGCAAGAAACGUCGCAUCGCACUCGCAGCUUCACGCUUCGGCCUAGCAGGUCUGCCCGCUGACACGGCAGCCCUGGAACGCCUGGACGUUCGCAUCGCAGACCCGUUCCCCACUACUGAUCCUGGCGCCUUGACACCAUCUCAUCCUCCUCAUCCUACACGAUCUACCACAACCCGCAUCACAACGCCGACGAUAUCCAAACGCGGCCGCAAAUCCCUUCCGUCCAUCCUCGACGCCGCACCUGCCGAACGCCAGGACGAAGAAGAAGAAGAAGUGUGGCGGCCCGAUGUGCGCAUCAGUUUCCAGGGCCCGCACGUGUUCGCGGGAUUACGUGCGUUGGUGGAAGCUGGGGUCGUGGACGGGGCGAGAAUGCCCGGGUGGAUGACCGGGGAAGCGGGCGUUAGUGUGGGCGUUGUCCGGGGUGGGAGGAUCAUGUCGAGGGGCGGCAGUGGGUGA